AGACGCCGGAUCCGGUCUUUAAUUAUCGUCCCGGACUCUGUUAAGACUGUCCCGGUUGGUCCCGGGUUGAGGAGCACCAUGCCGGAGUGUGUGUCGGUGUCAGAGUUCGUGCAGGAGGUUCAGGAGGACUGGAGCUCCCCCACCACCUCCUCCUUCACCUCCAAGAUGAUCAGCUGCAGGAACACCGUCUACCUGCUGGAGGAGGCUCUGGAUAGUGACCGGCUGGUGUUGCAGAAGAUGAAGAAAGCUGCUAAAGCCAAAUACACAUCAGGACAAGACCACGUGUCUCAUCUGGAGCAGUACAUCAGUUCGAUGGAGAAACUGUCGGUCAACUGUCACUCGAACGGAGAGACAGAGGUUGGCUCUGCUUUCUGCCGUCUGGCCGACUUUUCCAAAGAGCUAGUUUCUCCGAUGAAGAACCUGCUGAAGAGCAUGCUCCACAACAUCAACUUCUUUCUGGACUCUCUGGUUAAAGGAGACCUGAGGGAGGUGAAGGGGGAUCUGAAGAAGCCUUUUGACAGAGCGUGGAGGGACUAUGAGGGCAGAUUUAAGCAGGUGGAAAAGGAGAAGAGGGAGUUGGCUCGUCAGUAUGGGAUGGUGAGGAGCGAGGUGAGCGGGGGAGAGAUCGCAGAGGAGCUUGAGAAGGAGAGACGCUCCUUCCAACUGAGCAUGUGUGAGUAUCUGAUUAAGGUCAACGAGAUAAAGACGAAGAGAGGAGUCGACCUGCUGCAGAACCUCAUCAAGCAUUACCACAGCCACAAUAAUUUCCUGCAGGAGUGUGUCUCCACCACUCAGAGGCUGAAGCAGUACAUGGAGGAGCUAAACGGAGUCCUGACCACGGUGAAGCAGCGUCAGGAAGAGGAAAAGAGGCAGCUGUGUGCUCUCAGAGAUCAGCUGAGGCCGGCCGUCCACACGGAGCAGGACUCUCUACCUAAGCAGGUGUACAGCAUGCAUCAGCUGCUGGGAGACAAACAGUACGGAACAGAAAGAGCAGGAUUCCUCUACAAGAAGAGUGACGGGUUGAGGAAAAUGUGGCAGAAGCGGAAAUGUUCAGUUCACAACUGUUACCUGACCAUCGCACACGCUACUCCUAAUAAACCUCCUACCAGACUCAACCUGCUCACCUGUCAGGUUAAACCCAGUGUGGAGGACAAAAAAUGCUUUGACCUCAUCUCUCAUAAUCGAACCUACCACUUCCUGGCUGAAGAUGAAGCUGAGUGUGUGGCCUGGAUCUCGGUGCUCAGUAACAGUAAACAGGAGGCUCUGAGCAUGGCUCUGGACGGGGGGAGGAGAGGGGGAGGCGGGGGGGAGAGCAGUGUGGAGGAUCUGACCCGGGCCAUCACCGAUGAUGUCAGACGGAUGCCAGGAAACAACAACUGCUGUGACUGUGGAGCUCCAGAUCCUGGAUGGCUCUCUACCAACCUGGGCAUCCUGACCUGUAUCGAGUGCUCAGGGAUCCACAGGGAGAUGGGGGUCCACGUCUCCAGGAUCCAGUCUCUGAGCCUGGACAGUCUUGGGACCUCAGACCUGCUGUUGGCCAGGAACGUUGGUAAUUCUGGUUUUAAUGAAAUACUGGAGGCGAACCUGCUGAGUCCGUCACUGAAGCCCUCCCAGCACAGCCACAUGGCUGAGCGCAAAGACUUCAUCUUGUCCAAGUAUCAGGACGUUCACUUUGUGAGGCGGAGCCACAGCUCUGCUGCAGCGCUGCGACUCGGACUGCAGGAGGCGACCAAGAGCUGUGACAUCUACAGUCUGAUCCAGCUGUAUGCUCAGAGGACGGAGCUGAGCCAGCCACUGCACACGCACAUACAGGAAAAAGGGGAGACCGCGCUCCACCUAGCCGUCCUAUUGGCUGACAGGACAUCGCUGCACAUCCUGGACUUCCUGGCUCAGAACUGCUCCAAUGUUGACACGCAGACGUCAGCAGGGAACACAGCGCUGCACUACAGCUGUCUGCACAACAAGAGUGACUGUGUGAAACUGCUACUGAGAGCCAGAGCCAACACGCACAUCAAGAACGAGUUAGGAGAGACGGCUCUGGACAUGAGCCGCAGGUUGAAGCACAGCCACUGCGAGGCGCUGCUGCUGCAGGCCCAGUCCAACCAGUUCGACCAUCACGUCCAUGUGGAGUACGAGUGGAGGCUUCGUCACGACGAUCUCUAUGACAGCGAUGACGAUUUUGACGACAAGAACGGUCCAGUGAAAAAGGAGCGCACCUCCUCCUCCUCGUCCUCUUCCUUCACCACCUCCUUCUCCUUCACCUCCCGUCCCUUCAGCUUCAGCCAGUCCAUGUCCUCCUCCGUUACCCCGCCCUCCUCCGGAGCAGCAGGGGGAGCAGGAGGAGGUCUGCUCAGUGUGGGGAGGAGGCUCGCCAUGGCUAUGGAGCUCCACAGCCGGCCCUCUGGCUCGGCUCCAAGCCCCCCUCCACCUCCCCCGUCCUCUCCAGCACCCCCCCUGCCCCCCAGGGUCAAAGCUCCCAGUGUUCCUCCUCCUCCUCCUCCUGCUGGAGGGGAGGGAGUUGGGGGAGAGGAGGAGGAAGAGGGGGAGGUCUUCUUCCCCCUGACAGGAAACAGAAAGUCAACCCCUCCCCCUUCUAUCGCCGUCCGACACAAGAGGAGCUGCUCUGAGUCCAGCAAGCAUGAUUACGGGUUGCCAACCAGUCCCAGGAUCUACAGCGGUCCAGACUCCUCCUUUAAGAAGUGUGUUCCAGCUUCUCCUCUCAGCUCGCUGACUGAGCGACCAGACAGAGGUUUCCGGAGGGCGGACAGUGACGGUAGCUCCUCCCACUUCCUGUAUCCUUCCAGUAAGGCUCCGCCCAAUGGGUCUCCCACCAGUCAGCGCUCUCAGAGCUUUGAGAACGACAGCAGAGGCCGCGCCCCCCAGCCGCUUCCUCGCAGAUCAUUGCCUCGUGGUACGGCGAGUCGACGGGUUCAAGCGCUGUAUGACUGCCAGGCCGACCACCACGACGAGCUCAGCUUCUCUGAGGGACAGGUGCUGGUGGUCCUGGGACAGGAGGACAGUGAUUGGUGGCAUGGUUACAUAGAGGACGAGCCAGACCAGAGAGGGUUGUUUCCAUCUUCCUUCGUCCAGCUGCUCUCAGAGUGACAUGAACCUGGACCGGCACAGGACCCAACCUGACCCUGAACCAUCAUCGAUCCAAACCACAACAGACCCAGGAGAACCAAACUAGGACCAAACACUGGCCCUGAGGAGUUCCAGCAUCCUGUGAGUUCACGUGACCACCGUCCAGCUGCUGUUAUUGCAACUUUCCGUUACCAUGGAAACUUUACAGAUGACCUUUCAGUGAAGAAUCGAGACCAGACUCUGUAUGUGGCUCGGGUCAUGUGGUCAUGUUGCCGUGGAGACGGCCUGGCACAGGCUGAUCAGCGAUGAUUCUAAGCUGAUGUUCACAAUACUUUUAUUUAUUUAUUUAAAAAUGAAAAGCAAUAUUUUACUAAGCACACAGAUAACGGCAGGACAUUGAUACAACAAUCCACUGGACUUUUGAAGUUAUAUCUGAACAAUGUUUUAUUUCUAAUUUAUUUAUGUAUAUAAAGUUACUGAUGCAGUGGCGAUGCCACAGUACAAGCCA